GCCUACUUUAGGCAUCGUCCAGGGUUGGUCACGUGCUUUAAAUACCUUAACGGAGUUGAUGGUGGGCGUUCGACCUACUUCAAUAUUGCUAAUAUCUCUAAAUAUCAUUCCUAAUCGUCAUCCAGGAAAAGCACAACGUGGUGGCACAUCGUCCCAACUAGUACCCCUUAGGUUACCGCGAUCUUUCCAUAGUUUUUUGUUAUUCCCAAAUUGAAUCUCUCCGGAAUUGUCUUCUGGCUUUAAACCUCGCACACUCCAAGGAGACCUCCCACUCACAGGGCAUCUCGUCGAGUCAAUUAUCCUCUGAAUUUCCGUCACACUAUCUACUCCGAUUCAUCAUAACUGCUCCGAAUAGCAAGCAUGUCAUCCGCAGAGGACAUGGAUGGAACCGCAGCACGCCUUGAUAAUCCAGAAGCGUCGAAUAAGAAACGCAAGGUCGCUCGCGCGUGCGACGGUUGUAGAAAUCGCAAGGUUCGAUGUGAUGGUCCUCAGAAGAAACCAGGAGAGCAAUGUUCCAAUUGUGCGACCGCCAAUCGCGAUUGUACAUACAUCACCGAAGCAAAAAAGAGGGGACCUCCAAAAAGAUACGUCGAAGGGUUAGAGAGUAAGCUUGCGAAGAUGGAAAACCUAUUGCAUAAGCUUGCCCCAGACAUCAACAUCGAAGCUGAACUGGAGGAAUUAAUGGCCAAGUCCAAAGCCGAGGCGGGGACAAAAUCCUCAUCUGGCAAAGUUGCCUCACGACGAAAUUCCCCCCCUACCCGAUCCACCGCCAAGGUUUCGAAGGAGCGCAGUGCCUCCACUGGCUCCCUAUCAGAUCUCCAUCAAAUCCCUGCAUCUAUUUCAUACGACACUGAGCGCACAGCAGGUGCCGCAGAGGAUUGUGACACAAGCGAUGACGAGCUCGGUAGUCAAAUUCCGACCAUAACGGAUGCGCUGAGGGAGAUGACCCUCGACCCCUCAAUAUCCAGACGUUUCCAUGGAAAAUCGAGUGGAUUGAUGCUGGUUCGAGCCGCUAAGGAUUUGAAACAGCAAUAUGGAGGGGACGACUCGAGUCCCCCCCUUCGAAGAGAGGAGGUAUGGGCGCCGUCGGAUUGGGAAUGGGAAUUGUGGCAAAAUUACAUUGACCCUAAAGACGUUCAAUUUCCACCCGCGGAUUUGAUGCCGAGGCUGUUCGAUUUGUUUUUCCGUCGUCUGGAUCCGUUCCUUCCUGUUAUUCAUCGCCCCACGUUCGAGGCCCAGGUGAAGGAUGGUUUGCAUUUCCGAUGCACGCCAUUUACUUGUGUCGUGUUACUUGUAUGCGCUGUUGGCAGCAGGUACUGCGAUGAUCCUAGGGUGUGCCUGGAAGAUGGUGGUCCACCCAGUGCAGGGUGGAAAUACUUCAUCCAAGUCAAAGAUUUGAAGAAAAGCUUACAUGCGCCUGCUACGCUUGCAGAUAUACAAGUAUUCGUGUUGGUUGCCUACUACCUUCAGGCAACAAGUGCUCCACAUUCUGCUUGGACCAUUUUAGGGAUAGGUAUUCGCUGCGCGCAAGACGUCGGCGCACAUCGCAAGAAGGCGUACGGUAAUCAGAUAUCGCUGAUGGAUGAGCAAUGGAAGCGUGUUUUUUGGUGUCUUAUCGUACUGGAUCGAAAUGUCAGCUCCGCCCUUGGGAGACCGCUAGCAUGCCAGGACGAAGAUUUUGACCUAGAUUUCCCGGUUGAAGUCGAUGACGAGUAUUGGAUUGAUGAUGAACAUGGGCCACAACAACCAGAAGGCAUCCCCCCCAAUAUGUCCUACUUCAAUGCCGCACUACGGUUAGGGCAGAUUCUUGCCUUCGCUCUGAGGACGAUCUACACCAUCAAUAAAUCCAAGGUACUUCUUGGCUUUGUUGGACCACAAUGGGAGCAGUAUAUCGUAGCUGAGCUUGACUCUGCAAUGAACAAAUGGAUCGACUCACUACCUGACCAUUUGCGGUGGGACCCAGCACGCGAGAACGACACGCAUUUCGAGCAAUCUGCGAUGCUAUAUUCCAAUUACUACCUUCUUCGUAUUCUUGUUCACCGACCUUUCAUCCCGUCACCACGCAAGCCAUCCGCUUUAUCGUUCCCUUCGCUUGCGAUUUGUACGAACGCUGCAAGAUCUUGUUCUCAUGUGGUUGAUGCGCUCGGCCAACGAUGUGAACACGUACAACCCCACCCUCUGCUCGCUGCAUUCACCAGUGGUAUCGUCUUGCUGAUCUCAAUCUGGGGAGCGAAGAAAACUGGGGCUAUGAUGGAUCCAAAUGUGCACCUGAAGGAUGUUGGGAAGUGUUUACGGUUUUUACAGCAAGCUGAGGCGGAUUGGAACUCAUCAGGGCGUUUAGUGGAUAUCUUACGGGAACUGGCAUCUUUCGGCGAUUUACCACUUCCUGAAUAUCCCCCCCCGUCAACCUCCCAGAAGCGUGACCGGGAUUACGACCCCUCCUCCACUGGUACCAUCCUCCUUGACUCCGCUUCUCCACCUGAGGAUAUCCUUCGAUCUUACAAACCUCUUCCGAAAAGCAAAACUAAAAUUCCUUCUAAUGAUGAGCUACAACAAUCUGUUGUUGCUAUGUCGCAUCCUACUUCCGGACCACCCGAAGUACCUCUUACUCAGCCAUAUCAAGUGCCUUUUCCAGAAUCUUCCACACAGUUCGCACAGCUCGACAGCUUCGUCCCUUCCACUCUUCAGCAUCUUCCAGAACAAACGCAAACAUGGUACGACGUGAACCCAACUGAAUUUGUACCUUUGGUACCUCCGUCACAUAUGAGCGAGGGUGCUAUUGGGUACACUAUGGCCGCGACAGAACCCAACGCAUUCUUCCCUAAUCUAGAAACUCAUCUAGGGGACGUCCCCCCAACAAGUUCUGACGCGAUUCCUUUGUGGAAUAGGACAGAACCAUUGCCUCAGCUAUAUCCUCCGACUGACCUGUUUGGAAGUUACAUACCACCGCCGAUCGACACUGGCACACAGGAAGUCCCCAUUUCUGUCGGCAUGCCGGUGAACUCUCACGGUGUCCUUCCGAGCAACAUCGGGGUUCGGACGGACCUGAGCGUGUCUGAUGCCCAGAUAUUUUCAAGCGAGUCCCUAGGCAUAUGGCAGGGCGUCCCAAGAGGAUUCGAAUGGCAGGAUUGGAAUGACUACCUUGCUAGCGUGAAUCCAAUUCAGCCGCAGAACCUAUAAGCUCCCCUUGUAUUUGUUGUUACUCAUUCUGGAAACUUUGGCUGAGUCAUAGUGCUACUUUUGUGAUUUUUUUUGUAAAAUGCUGUAUUAUUAUCAACAUGCCAGCGGUUAUCGUACACGAAAUGGAGGAUCAAAGGUAAAGGCCUUCCGGUGUACCCUCAUUCUUCCUAUAUAAAACCUUCUCUCGGGCAGCGGUAAAGUCCUUCUUUGUCACCCUCAUUCGACGUUCUCGCAGCGCCAGGAGGCCAGCCUCGGUGCAUACCGCCUUAAUGUCCGCACCACUCAAGUCAUCCUUUGCCAUCACAAACUCUUCCAAGUCAACAUCCUCAGCUAGACUCAUUCGGCUCGUAUGUAAUCGGAAGAUGUGUCUCUUGGUCUUGAUGUCUGGGAGGGGGAAUUCAAUCUUGCGGUCGAUACGACCUGGUCUGAUCAGAGCAGGAUCGAGGGUCUCGAUUUUGUUUGUGGCCAUUAUGACUUUGACGU